GUCGGUAGUUCCGUCUCCGAAAGCUAUAGCUGUUCGGGUGAGCUUCGAAUAAUCAUAGCCGCUAAAUCUUUGAAGGGCUAUCCAUAUUUUCUUACCUCACACGUGCAGGAUGUGAGGUGAAACCAGAAAGUCGAGGAAGUCCCGGAAGGCCUCCUCAUACCUAUAUAUACACCCUCCCGCAACCCCUAUUCGACCUGCAUCAACCCCAAAAUACUGAUUCCCAAAAUCCCCAAUACAAAUACCAACAAAAUCGAGAACCAGCAACACAACCACACACACAAUGUCCUCCUACGACAACACCAGCGGAUACGUCGGGGGCGGCUACGACAACCCCGACCAGCUGAACGCCCAGGGCUGGGGCCAGAACUACGGCCAAUACGGCGGCACGCAAUCCUACACCGACAACGUGGACAACACCGGCAUGGGCCCCGCCGCCUCCCCCCACCGUGGAUCCCACACCUUCGGCAGCCAAGACAACCCCGAGAUGGGCACCACCGGGGGCCAGGACCGCAGCUCGUCCUACUACGACGACGAGAGCUACAACGCCGGCGGCGCACGCGGUCCCCGCUCCGCCUCCGCCAUGGAGGACCCGUAUAACCCCGGUGGACGCGCGGGCGAUCCUAACCACGGACCGAGGAGGAGUAGUAUGGGCAGCGUGAGUAGCACGCGCAGCUAUGACGAUUCGCAGCACCUUGGUGAGGGAGCGUCGGGUAGGGGUUCGCGGGGGUAUCAGACGGGGAUGGGAAGGAAUAUUAGUGGCGAGAAGCCGACUUCGUAUAGUACGAGCUCGACUACGGGGACGAGUUCGAAGCCGGGGACUGGGGGGUGGAAAGGAGCGGCGAAGAGGUUGGCGUCGAGGCUUUCGGUGGGGAAAGGGAGCGGCGAUUGA